AUGUCAGGUGUGCAUUCAAAAGCAGCCAGACUUCAAAAGGAGCAGAAAGAGAAGCCGCUCUUAGACACGGAGAGGGAAAUGGCCGCAUCCGUGGAUUUAAAGUACAAUGACGUCUCGGCAGUCAUGAUGAAGAAAUUUAAUGCUUUAAUGGAAAUGCAAGAUAUGAUGUUUGUAGAGAUGAGAGAAAGCCUUAAAAAUGAUCUAAAGGAAAUGUUGGUCAAACGUACAUCCUCACCUGAGGCCAAGGGUUCGGGGGACGGGACAGAAAGAGGAGACUCGGCCUCAGGGUGGCCAAAGCCGGGAGAGAAAGCGGCGGAGGAAAGCUCUGGAACAGAUGAGGACAGUGGAAACCUGACUGCGAGAGGCGAGGAGAAGAGUAAGCCGGAUGGGAAGCAGGACAAGGGUCAGCAGCCCCACAGCAGCCAAGUCGUGAACCCAUCCCCGGAGAGGAUGGAGGAAGCCCUGCAUCGGGCAGAUGGCCGCGUUCAAGGUCUAGCCGGGGAGGACGCCAAGGAUGGGGAGGACCAGCCAGCCCCAGAUGCAAGCAGUCACAAUGCGGAGAGCCUCCCAGCCGGGCCCCGAGACGAGGGCGCGCCGGAAGAAGGGGGCACCCUGAGGCUGGCCGCCGACUUCUCCGCGGCCACCCUGGACGUAGGCAAGCGGUGGGGCCGCGUCUUCCGCCUCCUGGGAGAAAGGGGACUCGAACCUGAGCUGCAGUGCACGCUGCAGUUAGCCUUUAAAUGCGACGGCGAAGCCAAGACCUUCUCGGACCUUCACAGCCUCCGGCAGUUUGCCAGCAGGAAGCUGUUCCUGAAAGAAUUGCUGAAGGAUGUCUUCCCGCCCAACGAAGCGGCAAGCGGAGGGCCGAGGAGAAAUGAGCUUCAAGAAAGAGCGGGUAAAACUCUAGCAGACACGAAGCAUGAAGCUGGAAGAAUAGCGAGUGACAGUUUGGGCUUCCUAUUCAUCAAAGAGGUAAAAGUCGCCAGUCCGGAAGCCAAGACUUAUCAAAAAGAAAGGUUGGAACAGAAGGAUAAAAAAACUCUCAAGAAGCAAAGGGCCUCGAGGAUAGAGGGAGAAAAAGAAACCCCAGAGGGCAUUACCGUGGUAGAAGAACUUGGAAUUGAGAAGUUCUCCAGGAGUGGGGAGGAGGUUGGCUUAAUUAGUCUGGUAGUAGAUUCUGAAUCAGAGGAAGAAGAAAACAGAAAGAUGUCUUCCAGGACUAAGAAAAAGGAGACCUUCCAUGAACUAAAAGAACUUGCCUUUAGUUACUUGGUUUGGGACUCUAAGGGGAAAAAGCUGGUCAAGUGCCAGGAGGCAUACAGAAGCCGGGAGGGAGGAGCAGCUGCCGUGACUAGACAAGAGACUGGUACACCCUGCCUCACUUUGUAUCUGGCUUCCCCGUCAGAAUCCCUGCAGGCGGGCAGUGACGGCCCGAAAAGCCAUCCUUAUACAAACGUGAGUGUUCCAUCGCCUCCGCUUUUGAUGGACUUACAAAGAGGGAGAUAUAAGACCCCGCAAAUAGAAGAGCUAACAGCAGACUUGAUCCACGAAACGGAAGAAAACUUUAGAAGAAGUGUGAUGGGUUGUAUCAGACAAAUGCAAAGGGAGGUUGAAAAUAUCAAAAAACUUUACUUUUUUGAUGUCUUGAACAUAAAAAGCUCCAUGGAUGAUCUGAAUUCCUUGGCCUGCAUGAUUGAAGCAAGAGUGAGUGAACAAGAAGACGCAGUGGAGGGACUGACUAAGGAGACGAUGCAAUUGGCCAAGGAGAUCGUUGGUAAAGAAAGGCUCAGAGAGAGGGAGGAUAGAUUACGCAGCUCCAACAUCCGAGUGAUAGGAAUUCCGGAAAAAGAAAACCGCGAGAAUGGAGCAGAGGACAUAAUCAAGGAAGUAAUUGAAGAAAACUUUGCUGAGUUAGAAGAACAGGGUCUCGAGAUCAUCAGUGCUCAUCGAAUCCCUAACUCAGUGGAUGAACACAGACUCACGCCUAGACACAUCUUGGUGAAGUUUUGGAGUGCUGGUGAUAAACAGAAGAUCCUAAAAGCUUCCAGAGCGAAAAAAGAAAUAACCUACAGAGGGUCAAAAAUCAGGCUGACAGCUGACUUAUCCCCUGGCACUAUAGAUGCAAGAAGUCAGUGGUCCAGUAUCAUAAAAGUCCUUCAAGAAGAAGGCUUUCAGCCAAGAAUCCUUUAUCCUGCCAAGCUGGCCUUUGAAUUUAAAGGUAAAACCAAGAUAUUUUUUGAUAUUGAAGAGUUCAAGAAGUUUAUUUCUGAUAUACCCUUUUUGAAAGAACCGUUGAGCAAUGUACUUUAG